GUAAUAGUUCUCCCCCUUCCCAUCACGCACCACGACGUUCAAGCAGAAAUGGCGGUAUUUCACAACGAUUGAGAAUCGUCCAGUUUUUUAAAGGAAAUUCUUGUAGUUCUGACAGUGUUUGCCAAGUGAAGGGACGGUCACACGUCUCCAGUAAACAUGUCUUCCUUUGUUACUGAAGUCCUGGCGACCACGGGUCGUUUGGAAAAGGACGACUUGGUGAAGAAGACGAGUAAGUUGUCUAAGCGAGUGGAGGAUAUAAAAGGUGAGAUCUAUGAAACCAUCACCCAGAAGUAUGUCGACUUCGUGCCCAGUAUGAACACGACCCUUGACCUGACCACCAGGGUCAACACCCUUCUCACUGAGGUCGACAACCUCAACAACAAGAUACAAAAUGAGGUCCAGUCUCAGCUCAGCACCUCCACCAGUGAGUUCCAGGACCUGCAGACUCAGCUCAGGAGGACCAACGCCGUCCUGGCUGUCCUGGGGAGACUGUACGAGAUUCAGCAGGCUCUGGACUCUCACCACAACGACAUGGACAAUCAACAGUUCAUCUCAGCUGCUGCAAGGCUCACACAGAUUCAGCAGAUCAUGGAAGAACUACAGGAAGAAGGCUAUUGUGAGCUCAAGAUCCUGACUGCCCUGGGUAUAGAACUCCGGGUGCGCAAGGAAAACCUCAUCCACACCCUUGGGGAGGCCUGGGCCAGGGCCGUGGUGUGGAACCUACCCCGGGGAAAGGAUCUGAAUGACGAAGAACGCCUGCUGAAGACAGAGCUGCGGCUGACGACCGUCACUGCUGAAGACGCAGCCCUCCCCGGCACCCCCCGCAUGGCUACAUUGGUCCGUGCCAUGAAGGACAUGAACGUGCUGCAGGAGAAACUGAAGGUGUUCGCCAGACGGUGCCUGGAGUACAUCUUCCUCCCACUCAUACUGCUGCCUAACGUCUACCCGAAGGCAGUGACCAUGAUGCAGAGUGAAGCUCUCCACUUCGACAAGCAGUCCGGCAGUACUAACCAAACCAUCACCCCAACAGACCUCUAUGGCAAGAUCAACACCAUUCUACAGUAUUUCAACAAGCAUCUGCUUGGGAUUGACGUGGGGAAGCCAGACGGUGGCCUGAUGACCACGUUUAGUGACUUUCUGUGGGACGACCUCUCACAGGCCAUCAUCAAGGGUUGUCUGGUUCACUCUAUCCCCCGGACCAGCCAAGAACUCGAGAAGUACAUGGAAGUCAUAACCGCCACGGGAGAGUUCAUAACCUCGCUGGAAAACCUCGGCUUUCUCCGCGGCGAAGACUCGGCUCUCAUGACGUACGUGAAGGAAAUCAACGUCCAUUUCGCCAACAAGAAGUGUCAGCUCAUCCUGGCUGUCGCCCGUGACCUGAUGACCUCCGAGAUGCUGGACACUGUACAAGUCGGCACCAGCGACGACAUGGCUCCGCUGCCGAACAUUCGCGAGCUUCUGGGGCAGCAGUCGGCGAAGAAACCGAAGGUCAAACAGGAGACAACAACCAUUGCCUUUGAAGCAACGUUUGACUCCAUGCCGGAGUUGCAGUGUCCCUUCCGCCUACUUUGCAGGAUAAGUGUUACGGUAGACAAGCUGGUCAAACUGGCGUACACGACGCUGUGCGAGGCCUGCGAGGUCACCACGAGCAACCCGCGCUGCGCCGUGCAGAUGUUCUACGCGGUGAGAGACAUGUUUGAACUCUUCAUGGAAGUGGUGCCGUGUUACCACGAGGAGAACCUGAAGAAGCUCCCCCACCUGACCGCCGUCCAUUAUAACAACUGCUUCUACAUCGCACACCACCUACUCACACUAGGCCACCAGUUUCUGGAGCACCUGCCCAAGCCCCUGGCCAGCUCCUGCGCGACGUUUGUAGACCAGAUCCCGGUGCUGCGCGAGCUGGGGACGGAGUGUCUGCUCCAACAGAUGCGCAUCCAGAGGGACCAGGUCCUGGAGUACCUGGUGGGAGCUCACAACUUCACCAACGUCGCAGAGGACUACAACAGGGGCAACGCUGAGAAGGCUGUCAAAAAGGUGUUGCACCAGUUGACUCACCUGAGUAAGGUAUGGCAGGACGUACUUCCCACCAACAUCUACUGUAAGGCUCUGGGCUCCCUGGUCAACUCUGCCAUACAGGACAUUAUAGGUAAAGUGACAGCCCUGGAGGACAUCUCUGCAGAUGAUGCAGCCCAGCUCCACUCUCUGUGUGAUAUUGUCAAAGAGAGGGCUCCUCUACUGUUCCACCCUGUUGUCAAAGAGGACACCAAAAAUAAGAAAGCUGUAGAGGCAGAGGUCCAGUUGUACGUGCCCCAGUGGGUGAAGUUCAGUGAACUGAUGGUCAUGCUGGACGCCAGCCUACAGGACAUCUCUGACAGAUGGGCAGAUGGCAAGGGCCCCCUGGGGCAUGAGUUCACAGCUAUGGAAGUCCGCGGACUGGUCAGAGCUCUGUUCCAGAAUACUGACAGGAGAGCAGCAGUGCUGGCCAAGAUCAAACAACAGUGAUUUCUACCUACUGAUAAAUAUUGUGGCAUGGAAACAAACUACAUGUAUCAUAUGGUGCAUGAUAAAAAGGCAAACUUACAGUCCAGACUACACAGAAUGCUCCAUAGGAUUAUCAUAAAAGUCUUAACUUAAAAGUUCAAAAUGACACUCCUCCUGCUAGAUUAUCAAAAAGAAGUCUUUACUUAUAAUAUCAAAAUUACACUCCUAUGUACAAGCCUGACUGUACACAAAGCAAUUGAUUCACAUAAGAUAAUUCCUUCUUUUUGUUGCGUAUCUGCAAUAGUUAAGCCACUAAACGUGGAUCAUUUGAAAGCUGAUGAAACUAUUUUGUAGCCAACAUUCAGUCACAAAAUGUCA